AUGCGAUCGUUUUACAGGCUUUUGGCAUUUAUGGUGCUGACUACCUGUCUAGCAUAUAGAACGUUAGCAACUAACGUUACCUUUGUUCCUCAACAUUGGAGGAACACUAAUAUGCUUCGAACGAUAGACCUUACAAGUUCUAUUGUUCGAGAAACCACUUCGGUUGCUGCUCAAAACAUUCAUAAUGAGUCGAUAGGUGAAUAUUAUUAUCCAAUACCAGAACAAUGGGAUAAUCACUUGUCUUAUAUUGAGGUGAAUGAAAGAAAGACGAAACAGACUUUUGAAGUUGAAAAAGUGAAACUUAAUCCUCUCAAGUGGGUACCUUAUUCUAAUCAAUUUUCACGACCGAUUGAUGAUAUGUUUGUUAUGCAAAUGAAUGAAAAAAAUGAAAUAAUAUGCGGAAAAUCAAAGAAAUUUAAGUGGCCUUUAUUACUUUCAAAUGAUACUAUUUCAACGUGCAGCCGGAUCCGAUAUUAUAAGAUAUUUUUCAACCGUCGACUCGAUCCACAAGAACAGAUUAAAUUCACCAUAACAACAGUUUUUACCCACAUGUUAACUCCCUACCCCAAAGAAAUUACUCAAACGGGAAGGCAACAAAUAUUAUUUCAUGGUAACCAAUAUGGUAACAGUGCUUAUCAAACCGAUCAGCAAAAAACCAAUGUCAAACUCCCUUCAGUUGAAAUAAUUAGUUACAGUCAGCCGACGGGCAACGUGAUUCGUAAUCAAAAAAAUCUCGAUUAUGGAAGGUUUAACGGGACUAAGCCGAACUCUUACGAAGAACUCAGGAUUCAUUAUGGAUUCCAACAAAAUAUGUUAACCGUUACGGGCUUAAGGCGUGAUUUGGAAAUCAGUCAUUGGGGUGGAAAUCUCGCGGUCGAAGAACAUUUCAACCUAACUCAUGACGGAGCAAGGUUAAAAGGACAAUUUUCGCGACUCGAUUAUCAUAAAACCAUUUAUAUUCAUCACGAUACUAUCAUGGCACGCGAAUUAUCGUUGAGUUUACCUGUUCACGUAUCCGAUGUGUAUUAUCGAGACGAGAUAGGCAAUGUAUCAACAUCAAAUUUACGAUACGAACGGGAUAAAACGAUUUUUGAUUUUAAGCCAAGAUAUCCUUUAUUCGGUGGAUGGAAUUACACAUGGUAUCACGGAUAUAAUGUGCCACUUGGAGAUUUUGUGAGAUACCAUUAUGAAAGUAAUCGAUAUAUUCUGAACAUCCCUUUUGUAAACGCGUUUCCUCAAGCGAUUCAUGAUAAAGUACAAGUGAGAAUCAUCUUGCCAGAAGGUGCCAGUGAUGUAAAGGUAGAAACACCAUUCGUCAUUGAUAAAGAAACACAUGGAGUUCAUAAAACCUAUUUGGAUACAAUAGGACGAUACCUUAUCGUCCUUGAAAAAUCUAAUGUGGUUAAUGAACAUUCAAAAAACAUUCAGAUUUCUUAUACAUAUAGUUCAUUAGAAUUAUUAAGAAAACCUUUAUCGGUUUCAAUUUUCCUUUUAGGACCAUUUCUUUUAAGUAUGGUCUAUUCAAGAAUGGAAUUCAGUAUCGGAAAAUCCAAGAGAAAAACUAGUUAA